AUGCCUAAAAAAAUUAUUUGUACUCUGGAUUAAUAUGCUAAUAUUUUUCGGCAUUGUGAACUCACUUACAAAUAAUUUAAAAAACUGAUUCAUAAGAAAAACAAAAGAUCAUUGAAUUAAUAAGUAUUCAGUUUUAGAUGCAAAGUUUGUAUGAAUCAUAGAGAUACUUCUCCUCAUAGAAGAUGUACUGGAUGUUAAGACCUUUUUCAUCUUAAAUGUGUAGAUGAAGAAAGCAAAUAGUUAUGUUCUAAAUGUCAAGUACAAUUAUAAAAUCUCCUUCUAAAACUUUAAUAUAUUACUCAAGUUGAAGGAGAUACAUUGAUUGUUCAUGAAUGUAAAUCAACAAAUACUAUUUGCAGUGUCUGUUACAUCAUUUGUGAUGAAAAUUAAAGUAAAACAUGUUAUAGAUGUAAUCUCAGAUAACAUGUACAAUGUUAUAAUAGUCAAAAUGAAUUCUGUUCUGUAUGUGAUUAAUAUUUGAAAGAUAAUCUACCAUACUAAUAUGAUAUUAUUCCAAAUUACAUUCAAUUAUGGAAAUCAGAAUUUACUUGUUAAGAUGAUUUAAUUAUAAUUGAUAAAGUAAAGAAAUAAAAUCGAGUUAGAUUAUAUCUACCAAAAUAUUCUGACACUAAAGAAAAGUAAUUUUAAGAAUCUUAUUCAUUAAUUAAAGCUUUAUGUGCUAAAUCAAUUUAUUUUUCUGAUGAUUUAACUUAUUUUCCAGAAGAUUCUAAACCAGAAGACAAUAAUGCUAAAUAUGAACGUAAAUUAGAAGAUUUAGAUGAUGAAAAUUUAAAGUCUUUUCUUUAAUUUAAAGAAUUUAGUAGAUUAGGUAUUACUCCUUAAUUAAUGGUGGAUUUUCAUAUUAAAACUGGUUUUAUAGCUAAAUCUACAGGUUUUAUUAAGAAAGGUUCCAUUUUAGCAGAAUAUUGUGGAGAAGUAAAAAAGUGGAAGAAUAUUAUAUUUGAUUAAAAUGACAGCAUAAUGGUACUCUUUUAUUAAUUAUUAUUAUAGGAACUUUUAUCACAUCCAAAUCCAAAGAAAACACUAUAUGUUGUCCCUGAAAAAUAUUCUAAUAUAGCUAGAUUUGUUUGUGGAAUUGAUAAUAAAAUCAAAGAAGUAUGUUAAUCGUAAUUUAAUUUAGUAAGUGGAAAUGGUUAAUGUAAAAUGUCUGAGAGUUGCUAUUAAUAAAUAAGCUAGAAUUAUUAUGUAUGCUUGUAAAGAUAUUCAACCAAAUGAAAUUUUAUAUUACGAUUACAAUUCAGGAGGCAAAUAUCUAUAUCCAACAGAAGGAUAUCAAAUUCUAUGA